CGCGACCACGACCGCGACAACACCAACCACGGCCUCCUGCGGUUGCCAUUGGCUGGCUGGAGUUGGUGGUGGUGGCGGUGGCGGUGUGUCGCGCCAUGGCGGUGGCCGUGUCGUGGGCGCGGUUCUUGGCGGUGGCGCUGCUGCUCGUUUCGUCGGGUGGUGCGGUUGCCGCCGCCGGCCGACCUCACCACGGGCGCGGGAGUAAGCACGGGCAUACGAAGGGGUUGCGGCCGGGAAAGGCGGCGGCGAAGCCGUACCCGGUGAACGCGACGUCGGUGGAGACGAUCGAGCGGCAGUUCACGCGGUGGGUGCGGUUCAUGGGCGGGCGAGACCACAGCGCGUUCCAGCGCGCGCUCUACCGCGGGCUCCUGCCGACGCGCACGCUCGUCGUCGACAAGAACCCCGCCGCCGGCAACUUCACGUCCAUCCAGGCCGCCGUCGACUCGCUCCCGCUCAUCAACCUCGCCCGCGUCGUCAUCAAGGUCAAUGCCGGCACAUACACUGAGAAGGUGACCAUCUCGCCGCUGCGCGCGUUCGUGACCAUCGAGGGCGCCGGCGCGGACAAGACGGUGGUGCAGUGGGGCGACACGGCGGACACGGUCGGCCCGUUCGGCCGCCCCUUCGGCACGUUCGCCUCCGCGACGUUCGCCGUCAACGCGCAGUACUUCGUCGCCAAGAACAUCAGCUUCAAGAACACGGCGCCGGUGCCGAGGCCGGGGGCGCUGGGGAAGCAGGGGGUGGCGCUGCGGAUAUCGGCGGACAACGCGGCGUUCGUGGGGUGCAACUUCCUCGGCGCGCAGGACACACUCUACGACCACCUGGGCCGUCACUACUACAGAGAUUGCUACAUCGAGGGCUCCGUCGACUUCAUCUUCGGCAACGCCCUCUCCCUCUACGAGGGGUGUCACGUGCACGCGAUCGCGAGGAACUACGGUGCCCUGACGGCGCAGAACCGGAUGAGCAUUCUGGAGGACACCGGGUUCUCGUUCGUCAACUGCCGCGUGACGGGCUCCGGCGCGCUCUACCUCGGCCGCGCCUGGGGCACCUUCUCCCGCGUCAUCUUCGCCUACACCUACAUGGACAACAUCAUCAUCCCCCGCGGCUGGUACAACUGGGGCGACCCCACCCGCGAAAUGACGGUGUUCUACGGGCAGUACAAGUGCACGGGGCCGGGGGCGAACUACGCCGGGAGGGUGGCGUGGUCGAGGGAGCUCACGGACCAGGAAGCCAAGCCGUUCAUCUCCCUGAGCUUCAUCGACGGGUUGGAGUGGGUGAAGUUGUAGCGACUAGCGAGCACCACGUAGAGGAGAACACAGCUCACUCUGAUUAUUAACCUGUGAAGAGAAAAAUAGUAGGAACAGAAGUGGCGAGACAAACUCUGAUUCGAUUCGAUUCGAUUGCAAAUUUGGACUUUGCCGUUGCGUUGUGACUUGUGAAGUUAUGGGCCCUGCUGUAACUUUGCCUCUGGCCGUCUCACCUCGGUUUUGUUUCCUUUUGCUUUUGACUGCAAAUAGUAACAGC